CCGAAAAAAAUCCAUAAAAAGAGCUACAGCCACACUUAAUACUCUGGAGGAUGAAGAAAUAAUUCCAUCAGGCCUGGCUGGACAUAUGUGGCAGCAUACAGAGAAACAACGACGAUGAGGAGGAAGAGCCGAAGAAGAAUGCAGCAGAGAUCGGUCGUGUCGGCGUGGUUCCGGCUGGAUUCGUUUUGCAGGCUGUUUGGGAAUACUUAAGACGGGCGCAGAGCCUACACAAGAAUGUGCAGUUUUUAGAGGGGCGGAGACAAGCUUGCCUUGCAUCCAUAGCGAGUGUAGGCAGCCUCACCGUGGGUCGCUGUAGAGACUAGCCUAAUUAAGUUUACAAUAGGGAACAGCGACGUUCUCUCUCGGUUCUUCUUGGCCAUAAUGGCUGGAUGUUUUUCGGUUGCAGAGACGAGUCAUACAGCCCGGUAGGCAUUUUUUUUGUCGGUGGCGCUGAACUAACCAGAACCGUCUAUGGCAAAGUGACACUGGUACUCGAACAAGUGACCCGCCUAACAUAGUUGUAAGUGCGGCUUUUUGGGAGAGAGACGCAACAUUGUAACCAGAAGGAAGCACUCCGCAGGGUUACAUUAAACGGAUACCAGCCGGAUUUUCCUGCGCUUUAACGUCAAAGGGCACCCACCGCGGCUGUUUCCCCUGCGGGGUGGCUAUGAAAAGUGGACUGUCUGGUUUGUUUUCUCCAUCCACUUCCAGCCUGCAUGGAACAAAGUGUGCUUUCUGUCACAUAACCUGCGCCGUGAGGUAGAUCCAGGCGGUUUGUCAGCGUUGGGUUUUGGCUGUAUGUCCUAACAUUUGUCAUCAAGAGUCCAGCUUCUCUCCCGAAAUCAUCAUGAGGACCACCGAGGAGACGGAGGGCUUUGACGGCGAGGCCUCCAACACUUCCAUGAUCUCCGGGGCCAGUAGCCCGUAUCAACCCACCACCGAGCCCGUCCACUCAAGGAACGUUUUGGGUGGGAUAAGGUGCGACAUGGAGUACCUCAAGUCAUACUUUGGAAUUUUAAAGGUGGUUGAAGUGGUCCUAUCACUCAUUGGAUUCAUCUGCAUAGAGACUAUCAUGAUGUGUUCUCCCUGUGGAGGGGUCUACUUCUUUGAGUUUGUCAGCUGCAGUGCCUUCGUAGUGACAGGAGUCCUCCUCCUGAUCUUCAGUCUCAACCUGCACACCAAGGUGCCCCAUGUCAACUGGAGCCUCACGGACCUGGUUAACACUGCUGCCAGCACCUUCUUCUUCUUCUUGUCAUCUCUCGUGUUGGCCUGCAUCAACCACAAUACUGGAGCUGAAAUAGCAGCAGUGAUCUUUGGCUUCAUAGUGACACUUGUGUAUGGGAUAAACACCUUCCUGGCAGUAAGGAGGUGGCGCCUCGGCAAUGGGUGUCAAGGGGCACCUCAGACCAGCGAGUACAUGCGAGCACGCACAGCAUCUCGCGGAGAAAUGGAAGCACGACCUGAGCUUGCGUGAGUGCUAGCAGACAAUCUGAAAGACUAAGGGAAAGCCACACUACAGGCAGCUGACUGAGAUGGACACUACUCUGCCUUCAGAACAGUAAUUCUUUUAAGUUCUGGGCAGAACGGUCAUCUCGAGCUCACCACACGCUUCCAACUUCUCAUCACAAUACUUCAGCUGUGCUCUCUGCCUGCUCAGCUACAUGGCCACAGACAAGCUAUGUGACUUUGUUAAUCAGUCAUCCUGGCUGCAGUUAUACAUAUUGUAAAGAUUCUCGGGAAUUGAAGAUAAUCUCUGCAAAACCUUUUAUCCACAUAUCUUUCUAAAACAGUGUGAAAGAUGACUUCCACAAAGAGACAAAAAAGGCUGACUUGUUCUCACGAAGGUGUUGACUUUUUAGAAGGUUUUGUGUUUCACUGUGAAUGAAAUCAAGUAAAAGAUGAUCAGCUUUUGUAUAGUUUGCUUAUGUCACGCAGCUGUCUGUGAAGUCUGUGGUAAUAAAUGUGAUCGUGGGAUCCAAGAAGCCACUGUACCAGAAACGAAAAGUAACCUGCAGUACAACAGAAGCACCAUGACUUUACUGAUCCUUCUUGGAUACUGACAUCAGCCGUUUGCUUCUACCUGUGAGCAAGGUUGACAUUUGAUACUUUAAUCUAAACAUAACAUGCUAACAUAAGAGUUUGUUUCUCCUUUGUCUUGACUAACUUUGCAAAUGCCUUUUAACAUGUGACCUUUAGCCACUGUUAAGAUCUGUGCUGCCAGCAGUUAUACAGUAACAAUACAGGGUCAUUAUUAACUGCAAUAAAGACAGGCAGUACAACAAAAGGUCAAAAUAUCUGAAAUCUGAAAAAAAAAGAUUUACUUAUUUGUAACACAAAUGCAUACAAUGGGUUUGAUACAAUUAUGAGACCAAAGUAAGAAUUCAUAAUUCUUCGUUCCACAUAUUUUAUUCCAGGUUGUGUGUAAGCUGUCCAAAAAAUAUUUCCUCACUAGCAUUCCAAAAAUUUCAAGGUCUGUGUUAGGUCAACACUGUGAGCCAGGAGUAGGUUAUAUCAGGCGAUGAUGAGGUAAUUGAUAUCUUGUUACUUUUUGCACAUAUCAGAGGCUUCAGGUACGGUACAUCAGUGAGAUUCAUUUUGAAACAAACAUCAGUAGGUGACCUGGUCAAGAUCAAUAUCCUUAGCCUAUAUACUGUAUCUCAGGUAUUAACACACUCCUUCAUUCUUUGAUUCUACAAAACAUUUGAAAUGAAAUCACAGGGUGCCUCAACCAGAGCGCUGUAUUUCUUAAUGCCUUCCUAAACAUUGUAUAUGAUAGGAUUAUCACAGAGAAUUGAAUAAAUUGAUGCUUUAAGUUAAGUGAAAAAUAGUAAAGUGAAGGCACAGAGAGUGGGAUGGAAAUACGGUACAUUUAACGUCAUUGUCACAGCUUUCAUUCUGUAUUUGGUUGAAUUAAAUGUCUGUAUAUGUAUCUGCAGUAUAUUAUCACACACUUCAUUUAUUAUGAAAUCUCUGUCACUCCUCAUUGCAGGCAUCAUAAAGCUCGUACACAGAGUACAAAACAGACUUGCCAUUCCUUAAAGACAAACAGGAGGCUCACACUAAAAUCACAUCAUAUUUGAUUUUUAGGCUGAAGGAAGAAACAUCUAUGUAAUUUUUUGGUGUCUUACAUCACCCUGAUGUAUUGAAUCAACACUACAGUUACAUGUUCGUGUUUUCUUUGUUGUGUGAGAUCUCUUCCUGUAUAUUAGGCUUGGUGAGUUUGUGCAGGGUCUAAAUUGACUCUAUGGCUCCAUCUCCUGGUCGUCUUCUAAAAUGUAUUCCUUGUGACUUCAGUGGACUGAGUGUAGUUACACCCAGGUAAUUACAGCAUUGUGUGUGUGUAAUGGAAGGACCAGAAGUGUACCUGACUGUGGAUUAAAAUGAAAAACAAAAACUGUAUGGCUUCUUAAAUAGCCUCAGAAGUUACACUAUACAGUAUGUUUGAUUAAUCAGGCUUUUCUUUUGUUUCUAAGUAACUUAUAUCAUGUUCUACUGCUAUUUCUCUCAGUUUGGUGACUGAAAUAAUUGUAUGAAAAGACAAUCACAUUUGUAUUUAUGUAUGUUACUUACAUUGAUGGAUUUGUUUUUGAGUGAUAUUAUAACAAUCUUCACUUAAACAUUUGUACAGCAUCAACAAAUCAUGCAAGUGCAUUUUGCUAUUUGAUGACAUAAACUGACCAUCAUAUUUUUCAAAAGCUAUGAAGCAGCAGCUUUCUCUAUGUACAACUUUAUGCUACACUAUGUUAUGAAGAAUUUGUAUUUAUGAGAGAGAAAAAAGUUUUCACAUUGUGAUAUGAACAGCAUACAUGAUCAGUUUGACUAAAUGAAAUUAGAGGUGAGAAGCUCUUCUGUUUCCUUUUAAUUCUGUGUGCUUUGUUAUGACCACGGCGAGGUCUGUCUUGUACAGCAUGGAGCCGUACUUAGGUGUAUUUUUGUAUUUAAAAACAUUCUCAGUAGGCUUCACGUCAGUUUAUAGUGACAAUAUAAAUAAAAUGAUUUGGACAUUAUUGAAAAUAGCUCAGGUUUUAUUCUGACAGUUUAUGCACAAAAGACAAAAGGGCAAAACAAUUUUUUAAAAAAACAACUUUAUAUUUCACUUACAAUAGUCCUGCAAAGGGACUCAUUAAUAAAAUGGCACUGCAUUCAUCUCAAUUGUAAGAUUACUUUUAAAUUCGUAUGCAUGGCAAAUGGGUGUAGUUGUGUUUUGUUGCUGUCCAGUGAAAACCAGACAAAGUGAAGAAUUAAAUGUACCUUUAUGGGUGAAAUUUAUCUAACUUCUUUGGAAAAAUAAACCAUUUGAACAGAUGAAA